AAACACCACACUUGUUUCCUGCAUAACCUGCACUUGCAUUGCCUGUUAUCUGAUUGAGACCUACUGAAUGACUUACAGUUCUACCAAAAUGCUCAGGUUUUGUAAAAAACUAUUUCAGAGAGAAGUCUUUGAAGUAACCUCUGUGAUGGUGGGAACUUUUCUGCUGGUCACUUUGUUUUACUAUUCUGAUCAUUUCUCCACCUCAGACCACAAACUUCAAAUUGAGAUCAGAAACUAUGAACAUCACAUGCUGUCCUCAGUCAGAGAAUCCCCAAAAAUUGACCCCUCACCAAAAUGUGAAAGAAAUAUAUCUGUUGAACAGGUCCCGAACUUCAUCUCACUUCCUACUAACAUUAAAGACCUCCUCUACUACCGUCACUGCCGACAUUUUCCCAUGCUGCUUGACAUCCCCAACAAGUGUGGUGGAACCAAUGCAUCAUCUGACGUCUUCCUUCUACUGGUCAUCAAAAGUUCUGCCAUGAACUAUGACCGCAGAGAAGUGCUGCGCAAGACUUGGGCCAAGGAGAGACUGUCUAACGGCGUGUGGAUCCGAAGGAUCUUCAUCUCAGGAACAAUGAGCACGGGUCAUGAGAAGAAGAGACUAAAUCAACUCCUCAAGCUGGAGCAAAGCAAGUACAACGACAUAAUCCAAUGGGAUUUCAAGGACACGUUUUACAACCUCACGUUGAAACAAAUGCUCUUUUUGGAGUGGAUGGAGAGAAACUGCCCACGUGCCAACUUCCUGUUCAACGGUGACGAUGAUGUCUUUGCCAACACAGACAACAUGGUUCUGUAUCUCCAAAACUUUGAACGCGAAGGUGGAAGGAAGCACCUGUUUGCAGGUCAUCUGAUCUACAACGUGGGACCCAUCCGUUCUCCACAGAGUAAAUACUACGUUCCAGAGCAGCUCUAUGAGUCCAAGUUAUACCCUGCUUACUGUGGUGGUGGGGGCUUCCUUUUGUCUGGCUACACAGCUUCGGUCAUUUACGCCAAUUCACACUCCAUCCCCAUUCUUCCGAUUGACGACGUUUACAUGGGGAUGUGUCUGGCUCAGGCAGGGUUAAAACCGGAGCAUCAUCUUGGAGUGAGAACAGCUGGACUGCAUGUUCCUGGCAAGAAUAUUGAUAAGCUUGACCCUUGUUUCUUUAAAGAAAUGCUUCUUGUGCACAGAAUGCUGUCAGGAGAGAUGUAUACUCUGUGGCACAGAAUUCAUGAUCCAGACCUUCGGUGUGCCCCUCUCAAUUCAAGAUAGUAAACUGGAUGUUUUUUUGUUUUUUGUUUUUUCCCAGUAGUUUCUGCUCUAGAGCCAGGCAGAUUCUGUUCUAGAUCUAGAUCAACUGGUUCCGGCAGGGAUUUUUCAGUUAUAGAUCCUAUUCUUUGAUUACUGUAACUAAAUUUCUCUAGACAGGGAGUUUGAUUUUCCACUUGCUUCAGUCACUGAUACAUUUGAAUGUACAACCAAUUUUUAAAGUUUCCUCAUAACAUAUGGGUUUUCAGUUAUGGCUCACAGAAAUAAAACUGGCUCAAACUUAGAGAUGGUGGGGAUAUACAUAUAAUUUAUUCGAUAAAUAUUAUUAAAUAUUGUCAUUAUGGAGACAAAUCAUUGUUCUGUGGUAAGCAAAAUGUGAGUAUGUCAAGCAGAGUUUUCUUUCAUGUACAUGAUGUAAAGGAUGUUGUAUGAAUUUUAAAGUUCUUAAUAAAACAAAAUUAUGGGUC